GCAGCUACCAGGCUCAUCUGAGUCCGUUUACAAUUUCAGUCAUUUUUAUUGUUUGCUCAAAACUGCAAAACAAAAUAUCUCCGGUGACCAGUGCGUUAAUGUCCGUUCUUCUUCCUACUGCUGGGAGAUGAGAGAGAGAGAAAUAAAGGUACAGACGUGGUCAUAAUUCAAUGCACUUUUAUUUAGAAAUAAAAACUAAAAUAAACGUAUACAAAAAUUCAUUAUAAGCAAGAUUAAGAAAAAAAGAUGUUAUUGAAGAGUUAUUUAUAUAUUUUUUUUUUUUUAAUUAGGCGCGGUAGGCGCCCGAGAGUACCCAACCAAAUAUUGUACUUUGGGCCAACAAGGGUCCAAAGGACGUCGGCAGACUACCGGGCAUAAUAAUAUCGGCGUACACGUCCGCGCCGAGCACGAUUCGAAUUGGAGAUGACUCGAAGAAAUUCGGGUCGGCGAGUCUGAUGUGCACAUAAAUGGAAUGACUUGUUUCUCGGCCAAUCGCGCUCAGGCGGAAGAACGCCCCGAUAAAUUUACGGUUUUGCGCCGGUUAUGCGGCGGAGCUCAUGGCAUCCGACUAUGCCCCCUUUACCGCGGCAAAGCGGUCGAAGCAAGGUUGCGUGCUGUCCUGCUGCAUAAAUAUUGCCCAAACUGCCUCUCGCCGUUCCACCGCCUCGACAUGUGCAGCAGCAAGGAUCGAUGCCACUCGAAACUCGUUCUUUCCGCUCGCAAACGCGUCCACAAUACAACUGGCGACAACACGACGGCGCGGAAACAAGUCCUCUUCGCCCGUCAUCACGAUCGCAGCGUAAGCAGCAACGACGCGACGGCGCGGAAACUCGUCCUUUCCGCUCGUCUAAGCGAUCGUCUAGACUACAAAAAUCAACACCAUACCGCAAAAACCGCUCCGACGAGAACAAAAAUAGUAAUCGUGCCCUACAACACGUUCCACCUACCGGCUUCCGAACAGGGCGCCUAACGCAAAGCGCAAUACCAACGCCAAUUAUUCGUGCGCUUAUACCCAUGGCGCCGACCGCAAUAGUGAGGAUUGAAGCAAGGGGCCGCCUUCAUUUGGUCCGCGCAAUGAUUGACCCUUGCGCACCGAACUCGUUGGUUGAUUCGGAACUAGUGAGAGAUCUCCAGCUGGAACGCAAUGGGUCCGGACGACUUCAGCGUUGCACGAUCGCCAUGCGAGGAACAUACGGCAGCUCCGACCGGAUUACGACGCAAGCGGUCGUGCUGGACCACCACAUACGUAUGAAUCCGCCGUCGAACGUGGACCCUAAGGUCGCGGCGCCGUUCUAGUUCAUGCGCUUGACGGAUCCGCAAUUCUUUCGCGCGUCACCAAUACGCCUCACACUGGGCCUCGAUUUGCAUGCGCAGAUGAUGGUGAGCAGGACCCCCCCAUCCACCGUGGGUGGUCUCCUGGUCCAGGCGACCAUAUACGGUCUGGGUGUUUCGGGAGCCUGCCAACCAUAAACGUAGAGAUUAAGAAGACAAAACGACACAUACACACACACUCAUCACACACAUACCUUAAAAUUUAAAUAAAAAAAAAGUGCAUUGAAAUUCCAAACCACGUCUGUUUCAAUUAACAAUGUCCUUUUCUCCACAGCCUCAGAUGAGCCGGUCGCGACGAAAGCGUUGGCGAAUAAGCAGACCCGCGCAGUACAAAAUCCGCGCUGCAUAUUAUAGUUAGUCCUUAAGACUUUCCU